ACCCACUGAGUUCGAAUACAUAGUCUUAUUUAUUUUCUUAUUCAGCAUAAUGCAAAAACAUGCCUAAAAUGAGACGUUCGAAUGCAUCAGAAAAAGUCGAAUUCCUCUCCAGGCUUGUACGGUAAAAAUCCGGCUUAAUAAAAGAAAAGUCUCGGGACGAGGGAGGCGGUAAACACUUCUGUUUAACGCGCACAUGUCGCAUGGGUAAGGUAUGGUUGAACUCACCGAAAUUUUUGGUGAAUGCUCCUUUCCUGAUGAAGAUGGAGAAGGAAACGUUUUAUGAAGAUACUCAUAAUGUUUUACACAAAUUUCAAAAAGAAGAACUUUUAUGCGAUGUGACAUUAAAAGGAUAUGACGACGAAGAAAGGUUUCCUGCUCAUAGGGUUGUAUUAGCUGCUAAAAGUUCCUUCUUUAAGGCUAUGUUUACAUCAGACAUGAAAGAAAAUCAAAGCAGCGAAGUGUUCCUAGAAAGCAUUGAUGUGAAUGUAUUGAGAAAGAUUAUACAAUAUUGUUAUACCGGAGAGAUCACCCUCUCCCCCUGCGAUGUCGAAGCAAUACUUGCGGCAGCUCACAUGCUCGGAAUUUACCCGAUACAAAAAGAAUGUUUCGUUUUUCUUCGUAACAAUAUCGAUACUAGUAACAGUUAUGGUGUAGCUUAUUUAGCAGACAAAUAUGGAUGUGAUGAAUUGAGAAAAAUAGCAGAAGAUUACAGGUUGCGAAACUUUCGUGUCAUUAUGACUUCUCCCGACUUUCAGCAGUUAUCAUUUGAUCAUUUAGUAGGCUUGAUAUCACACAAUAACUUAAAUGUCCUCUGCGAGGGAGAGGUGUACGAGGCCGUGUUGAAGUGGGUAAAACACGAUCCGAAAACGAGAAAAGAAUUCCUAAAAGACUUACUAUCCCAUAUACGAUUUCCCAUGCUAACCAGAAAAUUCUUGAUUGAUAAUGUUACAAAGGAGGAGUUGAUUAUAACCGAUUCAGGUUGCCGAGAAUAUCUAUACAACGCACUGGAUUAUCAUCUAGUGCCAGAAAGAAGAUCAGUAACAAACCACGUGUGCUGUGCACCCAGGGCCAGCUUUUCAAGUGCUAUAUAUGUAAUAGGUGGAGAAAGCGUAGAAAAGCCUUGGGGAAAAGGUUGUCACAACGUAUCAUUACAGAUUCCAUACGAAUUUUCUUUAAAAUCUUUUGGUUAUUUUCUGUUUGUCACGGGAAUUAAAAAUAGAUAUGAUAAAAUUAACCUUGGUUUUACAACAUCACCUUUAGAUCGAACUGGUUCACUGGAUACAGUUGAAAUGCUCGAGUUGACGACGAAAGCAUGGCAUGAAUGUGCACCACUGAAUAUGUCAAGAAAAUAUCCAGCAGUUGUUCUUCUAAACGGUUCCAUAUUUUGCAUAGGUGGCAUUGGCAGUGGCGGUCAUGACUUAAUGUGCGUUGAACAAUAUGAACAAGCGCAGGACAAAUGGUCAUCCGUGGCAUCGUUAACAACUUGCAAAGGGGCGCUAUCUGCUGUGGUGUUAGAUGGGUGGUUGUACGCCAUUGGCGGUUCUUGUGGUGGUUCAUCUUUAAAAUGUGUUGAACGAUACGAUCCAGUGAAGGAUGAGUGGUCGGCCGUUCAACAGAUGAAAUUUCCCAGAAGUCAUUUCGGUGGCGGCGUAUUAAACAACAAAAUCUAUGCCAUCGGUGGCUAUUGCAGCAUUGGUGAUGUUGCGCAUUGCGAGAUAUAUGAUCCACUGACAAACAAAUGGCAGGAUUUAGCAGAUUUGAAUAAAUCUCGCAUGGAUCACGGUGUUAUAGUAUGCGGAGAGAAAAUAUUCGUCGUUGGAGGCCACAACAGUGGUGGAAUUUUAGAUUGUAUUGAAAAAUACAACAAAGCACUGAACAUGUGGUUGAUUAUAAAACACACUCUAGACCCGAGAACUGGCGCUAGCGUUUUAUUGGCUAAUAACGAACAAGAGGAUCAUUGGCUAUAUAUCAUUGGUGGAAUAGGGGCAAGUCAUUGUUACCAUAACAGUGUAAAGAAGGUUAACUUGAAGUCUAUUGACUAUUCUAUAACAUGUGGUAAGCCAAUGAAUGAACCAAGGGCGUAUGGUGCUGCAAUAGCUUUCUGA